AUGGCAAUUUCUCGUGGCGCGAAAUUCAAAACGGAAGGAUCUACGAGUCGCGUUCAGACUACUACGCGUAGCCCGCAGUUGAGAUUGAUGCAGUUGGUUCAUAUGUUGCAGCCGUGCAGAGGGGCCGAGUGCCGCCGUCGCAGCCGUCGCUACCAGGUUUACCGGGGCAGUUUGCCCUGACGAACGGUGACGCGGUUGCGUGUGCCAGCCUGAACGGUCAUUCUUACCUCUCCUCGUACAUAAGCCUGCUGCUGAGGGCGGAACCGUAUCCAACGUCGCGGUACGGCCAGUGCAUGCAGCCGAACAACAUCAUGGGGAUCGACAACAUCUGCGAGCUCGCGGCGAGAUUGCUGUUCUCGGCGGUCGAGUGGGCCAGGAACAUCCCGUUCUUCCCGGACCUUCAAGUGACCGACCAGGUCGCCCUGCUCAGGCUAGUUUGGAGCGAGUUGUUCGUGUUAAACGCGAGUCAGUGCUCGAUGCCUCUGCACGUGGCGCCGCUGCUGGCCGCGGCUGGUCUUCACGCCUCCCCCAUGGCGGCGGACCGCGUCGUCGCCUUCAUGGACCACAUUAGGAUCUUUCAGGAGCAAGUGGAGAAGCUGAAGGCCCUUCACGUCGACUCCGCGGAGUACAGCUGCCUCAAGGCCAUCGUCCUCUUCACCACAGGUAAAGUGAAAACUGUUGCAAUCUCUUCUCUAUCCGACAGAUAA